CUGAGCUACGGGGGUUUCCUUGUCUUUGACUGGAGACCAACUCGCAGAGAGGCGGAUGAUAACAGCAUCCCUUGCUGUUAUUCAGCCAUCACACAUCUCAAUGAACUGCUCGCACAGAAGCCACUGAUCGUGCCUACUGCUUUUUGCAGGGCAGAGAUACUGAUCAGUGUCUAAAGACUGCAUCCCCCCCUUUUUUCUUAUGAAAUUAUAUUUUUCAUAGACUCUCUUUUCUAACUUCAAGGUCUCCGUAGCCUAUCUCUUUCCACCAUGGUGCUAGGAAAGGUAAAGAGCUUCACAGUGAGCUACGACUGUCUCAAUGACAGCAAUGUUCCCGUCUUCUCCAGCGGGGACUGCGUCUCAGGGAGGGUGAUCAUCGAAGUCACCGGAGAGAUCCGCGUGAAAUCUCUCAAAAUCCACGCUAAAGGAUUUGCUAAAGUUCGUUGGACUGAGUCGAGAAAUGCUGGAUCCAACACUGCCUACACGCAAAACUACACAGAAGAAGUGGAAUAUCUAAAUCACAAAGAUAUUUUAAUUGGACACGAGAGAGACGAUGACAACUCGGAGGAAGGACUCACCACUAUCCAUUCAGGAAGACAUGAGUAUGCAUUCAGCCUCGAGCUUCCACAGACACCUCUGGCUACCUCUUUUGAAGGGAAGCACGGCAGUGUGCGCUACUGGGUAAAGGCAGAACUCCACAGGCCAUGGCUCCUGCCAAUGAAGACCAAGAAGGAAUUUACAGUCUUUGAGCACAUUGACAUCAACACUCCAUUAUUGCUGUCACCACAGGCCGGCACGAAAGACAAGACACUUUGCUGUUGGUUCUGCACCUCAGGUCCUAUUUCCCUAAGUGCCAAAAUCGAAAGGAAGGGAUACACCCCAGGAGAGUCGAUCCAAAUCUUUGCCGAGAUCGAGAACUGCUCUUCCCGCAUGGUGGUGCCAAAGGCAGCCAUCUAUCAGACCCAGACCUUCUAUGCCAAAGGGAAGAUGAAGGAGGUCAAGCAGCUGGUGGCCAACCUGCGGGGAGAGUCUCUGUCCUCGGGCAAAACCGAGACCUGGAGUGGCAAGAUGCUGAAGAUCCCACCUGUCUCACCCUCCAUCCUGGACUGCAGCAUUAUCAGAGUGGAGUACUCCCUCAUGGUUUACGUGGACAUACCUGGGGCGAUUAACCUUUCCCUGAACCUGCCCCUGGUCAUUGGAACCAUCCCUCUCCACCCCUUCGGCUCCCGUACCUCCAGCGUCAGCAGCCAGUGCAGCAUGAGCUGGUUGGGCAUGGGACUGCCUGAGAGGCCUGAAGCUCCUCCAAGCUAUGCAGAAAUUGUGACAGAAGAGCAGAGGCAGAGCAGUCUGGAUGUCCCAGCAGCCCGUGAGGAGCUGGACGGACCUCUCUUCGCCUACAUUCACGAGUUCCGCUUCCAGCCUCCUCCUCUGUACUCCGAGAUCGAUCCUAACCCCGAUCACGCCACACGCACAGAGGAGCGCAGGCUUGACGCCUGUCCAUCACGCUGAAGGGUAUUUCUGAAAUUCCCCCGACUGACUUGGGGAUCUCAAAAGAAACCCGCGUGCAAGGCUCAGCUUUGUUUAUUUUUCUCCAACAACAACGUUCACACAACGCUGUUGACAGCAAGAGAGAAAUGAAGUAUCCAACCAACAGACAAAGACUUGGACAAAUACCCACGGUUGAGUUGGGUUGGACAAACCUGUUCCUGCCUUCCCUCAGCAAGAGAAACAGGAGUCACUAGUUUGGGGCAUCGCUUCCUUCCUGUGUCAGCCUGCUGAGGAUGGGACGCAUACAGACAAACACAUAUUCAGUCUGUAUGAAAAGCCCCACUGGUAGCGAGAGCCCUGGCGAUAGUAUUGACAAUGACGAUGAAGAAUCAGCAAGGCUCUGCCUGCCAAGCUCCUCUUUAACCCUUUGAUUCUUCUGAACUCGUGGCACAUAAGGACAUGACUCCUAAUACAAAGGGCAGGACUAAUCAUGUCCAGACUUCAGCAGAAUCACCUAAAGAAAACGGAAUGAAGAGAGAAAAUUAACAACGUUCUAACCACCAUAGUCUGUAUGAAUGAGAGCAUUCAGUGGCAGCACUCAACAACAGAGCAAAGACUAGUUCCUCCUGCCUCAUUUUGGAUUUUUGUUUUGCACAUUUUAUUCUUUACUUGAGUUGUGUGGCUCUGUUUAAUGAGAAUUGAAAAAAGAAAUCACUAAUAGUUUGGUUCCAGCCUUGUAAUGCACCAGACAAAGAAUAUAUGAGACUGCAGGCUUCUUUUAAGACUUUCAUCUGCAUAACUUUUGAGCAGCGCUGAGAACAGGAUUUGAUUUUGGAGAAAAAAAAGAUUGACAAGGACAAGAACAAUGCACUGAUUUGUUUAAGAUUUUUUUCUUUUUUUCUCCUUACGACAUUUCCUCAGUGACUUAUAACAACCACAGACUGGACUUUAACAAAAACUGCAGCACACUAUCUCCAUCUGGAAGCUCUUUUAAGAUGUUGCCUCCUCAGCUUGG